GUGCGCGUGCGCGUGGUGUGCACACGCGUGUGCGCGUCCGCCUGUGCCGGCGGGUCUGUGUGUACCCUUGUUUGUGUGCCAGGGCAUGCUCGUGUGACCCCGUGGGGGUCCGACCCAAGUGUGUGCGUGCUGCACGCGUGUGGAGGGAGACGCGUGGACUGUGCGUGUGCGUGCACGGCCGGGUGCCUACGUGCACGAGGAUGCGUGCCCGUGUGGGUAACGUCUACACGCCUGCAUGGGUGGAGGGCGCCGUGCGCACGGUGGGUUUGCACAUUUGUGUAUGCAUUUAGGUAUGCAGACAGGUGCCUGCGUCUCUGUCCUGUGCACCGAGUGUGUCCGACGCUCAUAUGUGCACUCGCAUGUACGGGUGAGUGUGUGCCCUGACGUGUGCACACCCCGCCCCUAUCACGUGAUGCAGCCUCUUCAGCCGGAGCUCUCCCAGCCUGGGAGUCUGGGGGAAGGAGGGCUGCUGACGCGCGUCCCCGCGGGACUGUACACGAGUGUGCACGUGUGCCCGCGUGGCUGUGUUCUGAGGAACAUGUAUGAUUGAUGGGGGGCGGGGCCGGCCGCAGUCACCCGUCUCUGCGCGGUAGGGUUUAGGGUUACAGCCCGACCUGGGCUCAGGUCUGCUGGAGGGGGCUGCAGGGGUGUCCCCAUCCCCGUCGCUCUGAGCUCCUCCCCUGAAACCUCUCGCCUUUCAAGGUCACUGCACGCCCGCCCUCUGCGGUGGGUCCCACCGUAGGUCCUGGGGCUCCUGAUGGGCUCUCUGGAGCUCUGGGGUUCUCUCCGUCCUGUGCCUGGGCCUGGGCGGUUGGGGAUGGAGGGAGACCCCUCACGCCCGCCUACGCCCCCGCACCCCCAGAUGGCGUCCGCCACAGACUCGCGCUACGGGCAGAAGGAGUCCUCGGACCAGAACUUCGACUACAUGUUCAAGAUCCUCAUCAUCGGCAACAGCAGCGUGGGCAAGACGUCUUUCCUCUUCCGCUACGCGGACGACUCCUUCACCCCCGCCUUCGUCAGCACAGUGGGCAUCGACUUCAAGGUCAAGACCAUCUACCGCAACGACAAGAGGAUCAAGCUGCAAAUCUGGGACACAGCAGGGCAAGAGCGGUACCGGACCAUCACCACAGCGUACUACCGGGGCGCCAUGGGCUUCAUCCUCAUGUACGACAUCACCAACGAGGAGUCUUUCAAUGCCGUGCAGGACUGGUCAACCCAGAUCAAGACCUACUCGUGGGACAAUGCCCAGGUGCUGCUGGUGGGGAACAAGUGUGACAUGGAGGACGAGCGGGUGGUGUCAUCAGAACGCGGCCGGCAGCUGGCUGACCACCUGGGGUUCGAGUUCUUUGAGGCAAGUGCCAAGGACAACAUUAAUGUCAAGCAGACCUUUGAGCGCCUGGUGGACGUCAUCUGCGAGAAGAUGUCCGAGUCGUUGGACACGGCCGACCCCGCGGUCACCGGCACCAAGCAGGGCCCCCAGCUCACGGACCAGCAGGCACCCCCACACCAGGACUGCGCCUGCUGAGACCUGCCCUGCGCCCCACCCUCCCGGGGUCUGACCCGGCCCCCACCGACGGCGGUUUGAGACCCCUGCCCCAGCGUGGCCCGUCACCUUAUUUAUUAUCGUAGCUAUUUAUUUAUUUAUUGGAGAUGUCCCCCAGGGGCUCGGGCGCCCCACCCACCCAUGCCCCACCCUGUACAUACACCCCUGUCCCCACUCUGCCGUGGUGUGUCGUGGCCCUGUGAACUCACCGCUCACUCUCCUCUCGAGACCCCACGUUUUUUUUAAUUCACCCCCAUCAAGAGUUAUAGGUUUUGAAGAGGGGGGCAGAUGACACCCCAGGGCAGGCUGAUUGGGUGAUGGGAGGUGGCCAGGCCUGCCAGCCCCUUGGCUGUGACCCAGUAGGCGGAGGCCGCUGUGGGCAUCUCAUCGUGGACCGCGGGUGGGUCAAAGCUAGGCAACCGCCUGCCUGGCUCCUGGUCCCCAGUCUCACCUUUUUUUGGAGGGGGCGCUGCUGUGUGGGUACUCACCACCCUGGGACCCCCCCACCAGACCUCUUCUGAUGUCAUGAGUGUCAAAUGUGACCCCCUGCCCCCCCAGGAGAUGUCAUGACAACACUACACACACCCAAUAAAGCGAAUGGACGA